AUGACAGACUCAAGCUCGUCUAUCUUCUUGCGGCUCCCUUGUGAACUGCGCCUCGAGAUCUACCGGCGUGUGUUCUUCAUCUAUCCCCACGCGAGAACCAGAGUUAGUGAAUUCAGGCUCAGUGAACGCACAGAAACUCCUCCCUGCAAAGCCUUUGAGGUGUACAUCCAUCCAACCAAAGCCCAUGCCUCGGUCUACAGAGCAGCUCCGAACGAAUACCGUUCCCAAGAAGACCAGCAUCGUCUCCACGAGUACCGCUACACACCCCAAGAAUUCCUGGCCAUUCUCAGUGUCAGCAAAGCAGUAUACAAAGAAGCGAUGCCCCUCUUCUACUCGGAGACAUUCUUCUGCUUCCCAAAGAAUGGGCGUUUGGGCUUGCCCACGAGCUUUCUAUGCAAUAUUGGCCCGCGUCGAGAGCAGUAUGUCCGUCGGUUGUCCUUCGAGCUCCUACCACUUAACUACCCUUGUACCAUUGAGGACAGGCCUACUCUGAAAUGGGUGGCGGUUUUUCUGUCGUUCAUGAAGCACGUCGAUAUUCUGGAGAUCAUUUUAUUCAUUACCGAGGAACGACUUGAGUUUGGGGAAAAGUUCAUCAGUUUCGCUCGUCCUCUUCUUUCGAAUGAGCUUAUUUUCGAUGUGCUUUGGGGAUUCCAUCACCUGUUGGCUCUUGGGAAUCUCAGUACCUUGCGCUUCGUCGGCGAUCCAGACAAAGUGCUGCGAAACCCAGAUGACAGGACGUUGCUCGAAGGGGUGAGAGGCAAAAGGCUCUUUGAAGGAGACACCGGUCGUCGACCUCGCGUGGUUUUUGAGCAUCCUCCUGGUCUUGAUGAAGUGUGA